AUGGUUCCUCCACAUGGUUUGCCCUGCGGGCCUUAUUGCGGUAGUGCGGUGUGCUUGCCACACUGCAUGUACCGUAACAGGCCACGCACACCAAUUCAAGAGUGGAUUCCGCCACCGUACAGCCCCUGCCCAAAUCCACCUGCGUGUAACUGUCCACCUUGCUACGGUCAUCCUCAUGGCCCAUACUAUCCGCAUGGACCACACAACCCGUCUGGACCACAAUAUCCACAAGGGCCUCAUAAUCCUCAUGGACCACAGUAUCCACCCUAUCCACAAUACCCACCUGGAGCACAACAUCCACCUGGGGCACAAAAUCCACAAAAUCCACAAUAUCCAUACAAUAAGUAUGAUCACUUGAUGAGA